AUGGCGGACGAAGCCAAGAGCAACAAACUGAAUCGCGAGUUGCUGCGCUGGAUUCAAAGCUUGGACUUGGCUUACUCCAUUAAGAAUGUAAAGAGAGACUUUGCCAAUGGGUUCCUGGUAGCCGAGAUUUUAUCGCGGUAUUAUGACAAGGACAUCAGUAUGCAUUCGUACGACAACGGCAUCGGAAUGAAAGUCAGGAAGGAUAAUUGGGACCAAUUGGUUAAGAUCUUCGGCCGCUUCGUGGACCUGGAGCCUUUGACUAACAAGAGCGACAUCGACGCCAUCGUCCACUGCCAGAACGGAGCCGCAGUUGUAUUUCUAACGAAACUCUAUCAAUGCUUGACUAAACGCACUAUCCAACCUACAGCGGUGGCUAAUCUUCCCUCAUCAGGACACAUAGCAGCACCCAUGAGCAUCGCGAAGAGCUUGAACACAGUGGAUGAGAUCCCUCCGUACGCCAAACCUACCAACUCGGCGUUUAUUCGAGACAAGAUGCGUGAGCCUGAGAUCGCUGAGAUGCGAGACCAGACGCAGCUCAACCGCAGGGUGCGUGACAUUCACUCGCAGCUCGAGGAGACGCAGCAUCUUGAACGCUUGAUGACAGACACACCUGAUCGGUAUCCAGCCAUCCGCAGUGCUAGUAAAGCCACAGUCUUACGUGGAGCUACGAAGCCUGUUCGAAACGACGACAGCAACCCCGUGCUGAUGACGCAGCAGAUUGUACGCGAGGUUCAGAUCAAAACAAUCAACCAAAAAGGACUCGAGAAACUACGUGCGACCCGAGAAGCCAAAGAGAAUGAAUCGCUGGGCUAUUCAGGCUCCAGUUGUCUCCUUGGAGAGGCUCGCGGUGUCGCGUCCUUCGAUACCCGCGGAAUGAAUGGCAGCAUGCCGGAAGUUAUACAGAAACGCCGUCCUCUCGAUCUACUAAACGAAAUAGUAGCCCGUAAACUCUCGAGUAUGGAGCUGAUACUGAAGCCACGUGGAGGAAAGGAUAAAUUUGAGAACUUCUUGGAUAACGUGUCCGAAGGAAACGUCUUCGGCGAGAGUGAGUCUUUCUUGGACUUCCCACGAGACUUUUGGAAGUUUGUCGGUCUCAUGUAUCCAAUGCUUGCUGAACACGACGAAAGCCAUAUUCUCUUCCACACAACAGUGCAUCUCUUCAUCGUAUUAGGACAACACUGCGUUCGUCGGGACAGCUCUGCCGCUUCGCUCUUUAUGCCCGAGUUUUUACUCCCUAAGCUCACGGUGAUUCUAUACCAAUAUUCCAACAAGCGUGCCCCACUGCUUCGUAUACUAUACGCGUUCUUGCCCAAUACGGUGCUGGCUCACAUCCAAGCCAUCAAGCAAUUGCGCGAGGCUCUGAAUGAUGACAUUCCGCUGUUCAUUCACCUGCUGGCAGUUCUAAUCGUCAUGGAAAGCGAACUAGACGAAACUCUCGUUGAUCUGUACCAUUAUUACUGCUGCAUCGGGUUAGAGACUACGUGUGAGAAGCUACGUGCUGCGUGUUUAUCCAUGUUGAUCCCAUUCCUCAACUACGACGUGAAUCUUGUCGUGGAUCUACUGCCACGCUUGACGCAACUCUCGUCUCGACAUGCGUGGUGGGAGGUGAAGGCUCAACUCGUCAUUGUUGCAUCCGCUGUACUUCGCAUUGAACCACCUCGAGAUUUUACAGAGCAGAUCGAGUUGUGUUUGACAAUUAUUGAGCGAGAAUUCCACCCGGAAGCAAGUCUCAACUUGAGGCGGGUUGGGUUAUCCUAUCUCUCGAGGAAUCUGGAGCACUACCAGGAACUCGUUCCACUAUACAUUGACGUGCUGCUUAGUCUACCAGCGGUUUUGCCUAUCCUCGGCGCUUCUGGAGCCGUGUACCAACUCCUGCCACUGGUAACUAACUGGGACUCGAUGGCUAUUGCUAAGCAGGUUUUCUAUGAGCACAAGAACAACAACUCAGCUGACCCGGACGUUCUUUUGGUCAUCUUGAAAUGCUUUGAACAAUUGUUGCACACAAAUCAGCAACUCAACGUGAGAAUGCUCUAUGAUCAGAUGAAAAAUUACGUGGUUCUUGGCUUUGCAAGCGCCAACACUUGUAAGCUCAGCGCUAGUAUCUUCAGAAUUGCUGUUGCCGCGUUGGAUGGAAGUGACACUGACGUUUUCCAGUACGCGGCACUUGUAGAUGCGCUACAACAACUCAUCACGAGAGACGUCGAGGACGUUCGCCAACAAACUGUCGUCAAGAUGCUGCACGACGCACACGUCUUGAGUUCUGUAUGGGCGGAGCGAGUUCUGCGCUGUGUGAGCAACCUGCGAUCCACGUGCGACGCCGAUACAUUUAAGGCGUCACUCUUCUCAAUCACGUUUGAGCUCUGA